CGCGUGCGCGGAGCGUCGUGCGCCUGCUGUGGGGUUUCCGCGGAUUGGUGAAGGCGGGGAGGUUGGCAGUUCAGCCAGCAGAGUGGACGCCACUGCGCCACCGGGUACUCGCCACCAUGAGCGGCACCUUAGCGAAGAUCGCGGAGAUCGAGGCCGAGAUGGCUCGGACCCAGAAGAACAAGGCUACAGCACACCACCUUGGGCUGCUCAAGGCUCGCCUUGCUAAGCUUCGCAGAGAACUCAUUACUCCAAAAGGCGGGGGUGGUGGUGGGCCAGGAGAAGGUUUUGAUGUUGCCAAGACAGGUGAUGCUCGAAUUGGAUUUGUGGGUUUUCCAUCUGUGGGGAAGUCAACACUGCUAAGUAACCUGGCAGGUGUAUAUUCUGAGGUGGCAGCCUAUGAAUUCACUACUUUGACCACGGUGCCUGGUGUCAUCAGAUAUAAAGGUGCCAAGAUCCAGCUCCUGGAUCUUCCAGGUAUUAUUGAAGGUGCCAAGGAUGGGAAAGGUAGAGGUCGUCAAGUUAUUGCAGUUGCCCGGACAUGUAACUUGAUCUUGAUUGUUCUGGAUGUCCUGAAGCCCUUGGGACACAAGAAGAUAAUUGAACAUGAGCUGGAAGGCUUUGGUAUUCGCUUGAACAGUAACCCCCCCAACAUUGGCUUUAAGAAGAAAGAUAAGGGGGGCAUUAAUCUAACAGCCACUUGCCCACAGAGUGAGCUGGAUGCUGAGACUGUGAAGAGCAUUCUGGCCGAGUACAAAAUUCACAAUGCCGAUGUCACUUUGCGGAGCGAUGCCACAGCUGAUGACCUCAUUGACGUGGUAGAAGGAAAUAGAGUUUAUAUCCCCUGUAUCUAUGUGCUGAAUAAGAUUGAUCAAAUCUCUAUUGAAGAAUUGGAUAUUAUCUAUAAGGUGCCUCAUUGUGUACCCAUUUCUGCCCAUCACCGCUGGAAUUUUGAUGACCUUUUGGAAAAGAUCUGGGACUAUUUGAAACUAGUGAGAAUUUACACCAAACCCAAAGGACAGUUACCAGACUACACAUCUCCAGUAGUUUUACCUUAUUCCAGAACCACAGUGGAGGAUUUCUGUAUGAAGAUUCACAAAAAUCUUAUCAAAGAAUUUAAAUAUGCUCUGGUCUGGGGUCUGUCUGUGAAACACAAUCCUCAGAAAGUGGGUAAAGACCAUACGUUGGAGGAUGAGGAUGUCAUUCAGAUUGUGAAGAAAUGAACCCUUUCCCUUCUUCAUCUGCCAGGCCAACCACAAGUGUCCCCAUGACCACACACCCACUUAGUCCUCGUGUCUUUGGUGGCUACUGGAUCAGUCCACAGGAUGGAAUGUGGAGACAUCCAAACUAGAACAUCACCUGUCUUUCAUUCUGUUUCUGUGUAGCAGAGCCUGGCCUUGACCUCCUUAUUCUACUGCUCCCGCCUCCCAAGGGCUGGAUGCUAAUAUCACUUCUUGCCUUGGCGUCACCUCUGUGUUGAACUGUAUAAAAGACCUGGUGGGCUUGUCGGCUAUGUGUCUUUUGUCAGAUUUGUUUUGAGAUGAGCUGAUUGAGGAUGUGAACCUACAUACAGGGAGGCAAUUGGGAAAAGAAUAUUUGCUAGCUGGUUUUGAAUAAGAGAUGGAUAAAAAUGUGACAAGUAAUAUUCUGCUUGAUGCUUAGUGAUGGCAAGUUUUGUCUGGAUGUGGCCUUCAGUCCUUUCAAGUGGUCUUUUCUAAACUUGCAAGAGAGGAGAGACUUGAUCAAAGUUAACUGUGUAUUACCUCCAGUGCCGACCCAAUUUAAAGAUGGUAUACUACAGCUGUUGAAUAAACAGAUUGGGGUGAA